AGGCAACGAGGCUUCCUCUUCUCUUUCUGCUGCCGUUCCUAAACGCCAGGAAGAGUCUCAUCGAGAGCAUCCGAAAUCUCUGCAGGCUGACGAUGAUUCGAUCAUAGUAAAAGGAUAUAAGCCAUGGAAGAAGAAUGAAAGCCAGUCGAAGCAGGAAAUUCGAGAGCAAGCGCUACCUGCUUCCUUUCGAAAACGAUUAGAGGAAGUUCGGCUGGAAGAGGUAAAAGCAACGGUGCGUCUGCAACGGACGUUCGACUUUGUCCACAAAACGGAAAGGGAGAUUGAAGAAAAAAAGCAGCAACUUCAAAACGACAUGGAAAGGCAUAAGAAAUUAGUAAUGAAUUUGGAAAAGAAGAUCAAAGAAAACUCGGUAGAGAAGAGAUAAUGAUAUGAAUAUGUGAAGGGUUUGAUUAUGUAAAUUAUUAUUCUAUUUCAAUGGGAUUGUUAUCAAUUAUUCGGAAACAAAAGAAGAAAGAAAAGGAUAUGCGUAUUUUAAUGCUAGGACUCGAUAAUGCUGGGAAAACAACUAUUCUCAAAAAGAUAAAUGGUGAGGAUACGCAAAGUAUCAGCCCGACGCUUGGCUUCAAGAUCCAUUCAAUAUAUUAUAAAUCAUACCAUAUGAAUAUUUGGGAUGUUGGCGGGCAAAAAACAAUCCGCAAUUACUGGAAAAACUAUUUCGAGGAGACUGAUGCUGUUGUAUGGGUUGUUGAUAGUAGCGAUUACCAGCGAUUAGACUUGUGCAAAGAAGAGUUCAGCCAAAUUAUCUUUGAAGAGAAACUAAUGGGCGCGGCAGUUCUAAUCUUAUGUAACAAGAAUGAUCUGGAAGGAGCUUUAGGUGCCGAUGAAAUUUCCAGGUAUUUAGAAUUAAGUGGACCUGCUUUUGAAACACGUUAUUGGGCUGUUUUUUCCUGUAGCGCUCUAACGGGAGAAGGGUUGCUAGAAAGUUUUGACUGGCUCGUGGAGCAUACAUAUAGCGGAAUGGCAUUAACCGAAGAAAAUGCAUGA